CAACAAUUACGUAUUGUAGUAUUAAACCAUGAACAUGACAACGAUUACAUUUGACGAAUUUCUCGCUUCUGCUAAGGAGUUUGAACACAAAUCAAAGGAAUUAGGCGAUGGUUGGACAUUAAAAGAGGAUAAAGUGGACAAUCUUAAGACUUUCCUUAGAAAAGAUGCGUUUGUACAAUAUGAGAAUGGAAAUAUUAACCAUUUAUUGAAAGUGGAAUAUGUGAUAUUUUAUAACUUGAGCUAUGAAGUACCAUCAUUUAGUUUUAACGCCUGGAACUCUUCUGGUACCUUGCUUACUUUGGAUGAAAUUAGGAAAAUGUCCUUUAUUCAGAUAAAUGAAAAGGACUUCUACUCAGUGAUAACACAGCAAGAGCACCCAAUAUUCCAAAGGCCCUACUUUAUAAUGCAUCCUUGUCAUACAGAGACAUUACUGGCUGCUUUUAAAAACAAAACUAAAAAUAUAAUUGUGACCUUUUUGGGUCUUAUAACUCCUUUGAUUAGACUUAAUUUGCCCUUGGAGUAUGGGUUAUGAUGGAAUAUUUUAUUACUACUAAUUACAAAUU